GCUGCAUCCCCUCAGCCGGAGACGCCGGAUCCUGAUCCUACUUCUCUUCAAGAGGCGAUGCAAGAUCCUGUUAAUGUUUGGCUGGGGCCCGUCGGCCCCCUCCUCCGGAAACUCCAUUCGCUCACGGCUUCCGGACAGAGUCUGCCAGAUGGGCUCAGUGCGGAUGAGAUUCAUCUUCUCAGAGAUGGUCUCAAGAAAUUAUGUGCCCCCCUGCAGGAUAUGUCGGAAGACGAGGUCGACGCUAGCGUCAUGGCCCGGUGGUGGAUGAAGAUAGUUCGGGAACUUUGUUAUGACACGGAAGAUCACCUGGACGAGGUCAUCGGCGCCGGCGCUCAUCUCGAUUUUUCAGAAUUUCUUGAUCGUGUGAAGGAUGCGAGUAAAAGAGGCGAACGUUUCCAGUGGUGGACUAUCAAACCAGGUGACGUUGACCGGAGGGAUGCCGGUGUCAGCCGCCUCACGUCCUCCGAGCUGCCGUUUCCUAUCUGCGGCCAUAGUUGCACAGUUGGUGUUGCGGAGCCCCCAAAGAAGCUUGUCGAUCUCCUGGCUUUAGACGACGACGACAAGCAGACACUCAAGGUGAUAUCUAUAAGUGGAUGCGCAGGUGUCGGAAAGACAACAGUUGCCAGAACAUUGUAUCACAAGCAUGCAGGGAAAUUUCAGUGCCGGGCUUUCGUGACUGUGUCCCAGAAUCCAGAUACGAGGGGGUUUCUCGCCAGCAUGCUCUCACAACUUAAGGCACCACGGCCCCAUGGCUUUCUUGAUGUGCCGGACCUUAUCGAUGCUAUCAGCAAACAUCUCGAAGGCAAAAGGUACUUCAUUGUAAUUGAUGAUUUAUGGCUUGCAUCCAUAUGGAAUAUUAUUAGCCGUGCUUUUCCUCGGGGUGAUUAUUGCAGCAGAAUAAUAUCAACUACACAAAUUGAUGAUGUAGCACUGGCAUGCUGUAGUUAUGACUCAGGUUAUAUAUAUAUGAUGGAACCUCUUAAUGAUCACGAAUCUAGAAAGUUAUUCUUCGGCAGAGUGUUUGGCUCCGAAGAUGGCUGUCCAACAGAUAUCUUAGAAGUUUCAGACAUGAUUAUCAGGAAAUGUGGUGGUUUGCCAUUAGCAAUUGUAGAUAUAGCCAGUCUGCUAGCAUGCGAAUCCAGUAUCGUAUUGGAAAAAUGGAAACACGUACAUGAUUCUUUGCCGUCCACUUCCGAAGGGAUGAAAGAUUUUCUAAACCUAAUCUGCAAUAGCCUUCCACACCUUAUCUACAGCAGUCUUCCACCUCGGUUGAGGACAUGCUUGUUAUAUCUCAGCAUGUAUCCACAGGGCUGCGUGAUCAAGAAGGAUGAGUUGGUGAAGCUCUGGGUAGCUGAAGGUUUUCUCAGUGUUGUGGGAGGGCGAGACACACAAGAUAUUGCCGAGGGUUAUUUUGCUGAGCUUGUGAGCAGAGGAAUAGUCCAAGUCGUGGAUACCAGUAAUAACGGCGAGGUGUUUUCGUGUACAGUUCACCAGACGGUACUGGAUUAUAUUAGGCACAAAUCCAUGGAGAAGAAUUUCGUCAUCACCGUGGACUAUUUUCAAUCAACUGUAGCACUUUCUGACAAAGUUCGCCGCUUGUCGGUCCAGUUUGGAGGGGUAAAAAGCGCAUACAUACCGGAAACCAUUGUAACAUCCCAAGUUCGAUCACUUAUAUUUUGGGGUUUCUUCGAGUGUGUACCUUCUUCCAUAAAGGAUUAUGGACUUCUUCGAGUUCUGAUUCUUCAUAUUUGGGCUGACGAAGACAACGAGAGUUUUGACCUCACUGGAAUCGGGGAGCUAUUUCUUCUCAAGUAUCUCAAGAUUGAAUGUAAUAUCACUGUCGAACUUCCAGACAAGAUUCAAGGGCUGCAACACUUGGAAACACUGGAAGUAUAUGCAAAAGUAGUUGCUGCUCCUUCAGAUAUUGGUAAUAUGAAGAGAUUACUGCACCUCUGCCUUCCGAGCGAGUAUAUUCAGCCCAGUGUAGUUGCCCGCAUGACAUCUCUUCGCGCACUCAGAUAUAUUGAUCUCAGCAGGUGCUCGGUAGAGGAUGUUUUACAUCUUGGAGAGCUGACCAAUCUCCAGGAUCUUCAGCUCACCGGUUCUACGGUACAGCCAGCAGAAAAUCCGGAAAGGAAUGUGCAAUUACUAGGCUCGAUUCUCGAGAAACUCAGUGUCUUGCAGUCCGUAACUCUGGUACCAGCCGCUUCAGGCUCCUCUUGUGUACAUAUUCCCCAGGAUGGCUUCAGCAUGGCGUCUCCUUCUACUCGGGAACUGCUUCUUCGGAGGAUCGAGCUGUCAUGGCGCUGUUGCAUCUUCUUCAGCCUACCUGAGUGGUUUGGGGAGCUCAGAAGACUCUGCAUUCUUAAGAUUGCAAUUAGGAGGCUAUCGAUGAAUGAUACUGAUAUGCUAAAAGGACUUCCUGCCCUCACUGCUCUAACCCUGUAUAUCCAGACAGCCCCUGCAGACAGGAUCGUCAUCAAGAAGGAGGGAUUCAAAGUACUCACGUACUUCAAGUUCAUCUGUGCUGCACCAUGUGUGUCCUUUGUUCCAGGAGCAAUGCCCAAAGUCCAAAAGCUCAAGCUAGGCUUUAAUUCAAACAGAAUGAAGCAACAUAGCUUUCGAAUGGCUGGCUUACGUUUCUUGAGAGGCCUUACAGAGUUUUCUGUAAAAUUUGGGGUUGAGGAUGAUGAAAAAUUCGACAUAAAAGCUGCCGAGUCUGUAAUGGAGGCUGCCAUAUGGAAUCCCCCAAACACUCCAAUAAUGAGAGUACGAUGUGUUGAUGUGAUUUUUUGCGCCGAGGAGGAUAAGAGUACAGCGACUGAAGAAAUAGAGGAAAAGCUGGAAGGCAAGAAAAAGGAGGAUAUUGAACCUCACCUUCCUAUCCCAGUCACAGAUUUUCUUCCCGAUCAGUUCUCGGAUUCUUCAAUGGCCAAGAUUAAUACAUACAAAAAUCCCAGCCAAUUGGAUUACACUAAAAUCCAAACAGAUCCAAUGGGAUACCCAAGCAUAGGCUUACAGAAGAGGGAACGUUCGGAGGAAAAGCGACAUGAAAUUGAGGAAAGCAAGAAAAAGAAGAUGAAACAUUCGGUGGAACAUGCGAACAAGCCAUUACUCGAUAGCAGAUAUGCGACAACAGAUCGUGUCCACGUCGUGACGGGCACCAUGGGCUCCCUCCUCCCCAAGCUGCUCGAGCUCCUCAAGGACGAAUACAACCUGGAGGCCAAAGUCAAGGCCAGUGUCGAGUCCCUCCACUUGAAGCUGGAGCGCCUGCAAGCUUGCCUCUCGGGGUUGGCAAGGCUGGAGCCCAAGCGGCUGGAUGAGAGCCUCAACGGUUGGGCCAGGGCUGUAAGGGACUUCUCUUAUGAUGCGGAGGAUGCCGUCGAUUCCUUACCCUUGCGCAUCGAGGGUUCUCGGCGACUCAUUACGUGGGUCACUGGAUGGUUAAGUAGAAAGAAGGCUCACAAAGAGAUCGCCGACACGAUCAAUGGCAUCAAGAAAAAGGCCUGGGAUUUGUCCACUCUCUAUCAAAGGUGCUUGGAAACUGCGCAUCCAAAUUCCGCAACUAGCAAUUACCCUCGCUUAUUUGCUACGUAUGCAAAUCCGACAGAGUUGGUUGGUAUCGAAGUUCCAAGGGACGAGGUGAUAUGGAAGCUGACACGUGGAACUGGUGGUGUGUUCGGGCAGCCGAAGAUAGUCUCCAUUGUUGGAAUGGGAGGAUUGGGGAAGACAACUCUUGCUAAAGCAGUGUAUGACAAGAUUCAAGUGCAAUACGAUUACAAGGCUUUCGUUCCGAUGUCUAGGGAUCCUGACAUAAGGAAGGUUUACAUGGACAUCCUACUUCUAGUUGACAAGCAAUCGUCUAUGGGUCCCAGUUUGGCAAAAUUGGGUGCAGGAGAUCUUCGGUACAAAGUCAGGAGACUACUUGCGGACAAGAGGUACUUGAUCGUUAUCGAUGAUAUAUGGAAUGAAUAUUCAUGGAAAGAAAUCAAUUACGUUUUGAUGAAUGGUAAAGCUGAAAGUAGAGUAAUCACAACUACUCGGAAUCAUGCAGUAGCCAACAUGGCAGAUGAUGUUUACAGGCUAAAACCUCUUUCACAUUUGCACUCUAAAGAGUUACUCAAUAGAAGACUAUUUGAUGGUAAAGACAACGUCCCUAGUGAUGUACCAGAGGUAUCAGAAAAGAUCUUAUCGAAAUGUGGUGGUAUACCACUAGCCAUCAUUGAAAUGGCUAGUUUUUUGUACAUGAAACCAAGGGUUCAUUGGUCUAAGGUGUAUGACAAUGUCGGUUAUGAGUCAGAUGUUGGAGGCAAUGCAGAUGUCUGGAAGGCGACGAGAGAGGUACUAUCAUCUAGUUAUUAUGAUAUGCCUGAUUUUCUGAGGGCAUGUUUAUGGCAUCUACACAUUUUUCCAGAAGACUGUUUAAUCAAGAAAGAAACUUUGAUCUGGAAGUGGGCAGCCGAAGGUUUAAUCGAUGAGGAACCAGGGAAAGGGCUAUCUGAGCUUGGAGAAUUAUGCUUCCAAGAACUCAUAAAUAGAAACCUGGUCAUGUCGGUAGAGGAUGACUCACAUUGUGGGAAGGUAAUUGGUUGCCGUGUCCAUUAUUUGGUGCUUGAUAUGAUCUGUUCCUUAUCAACUCAAGAGAACUUUGUUACCGUCCUGGAUGGUAGCAAGCAACAACUCCCUGUUGCAAGCAAGACUCGCAGGUUGGCUGUCCAAAAGAGGGUCGCGGAGCAGGGUGACCCUCUGACUAACAUUCGCCCGGAAAAUCUGAGGUCAUUUAAUACCAUGGGGUGUCAUUUUAGUACGGAUCUAUCACUUUCAUGCUUUGAACGUCUCCGUGUGGUUGCUAUAGAGGAAUGUACUUUCAAUGAAGGGGAGAGUUAUAAUCUUAAGUAUCUUGGGAGAUUACUUCAGCUAAGGUACCUCGGACUAUAUAACACACGUAUUGAUGAGCUACCGCAAGACAUAGGGGAUCUAAGAUUUUUGCAGACACUGGACUUGAGGGGAACCAGGGUCAAAGAAUUGCCAGGGAGAGUUGCUCGCCUAAGGCAACUCAAGUGCCUGCGAGCUGAUGAAGGCACAGCAGUGCCGGACUGGAUGGGGAAUCUGACAUCCCUAGAGGAACUGCUGCUGGGCGAAGUCGGCAAGUCGGUAAACUUUGUGAAUGAGCUGAGCAAACUGACAGAGCUGAGGAAGCUAGAGAUUCGGACUGAGAAGUUGGAUAAGAACCAAAGCAAAGCUUUGGUGCAGUCUAUGAGAAAUCUAGAGAAAAUUCAAGUCCUAAGACUUACGAUGCGUUAUUGGUGGCCAUCACUUGGUGAGCUCAACUGGGGAGACUUUGACCCACCUAGACAACUCCGUGAGUUGCACCUAAUGAGCAUCGCAUCCUCUCAGCCGCCCGCGUGGAUCAACGCCUACCGUGUUCCGGUUCUCUCACACUUGUAUGUGAAUGUGAUGGCUCUGAAAGACCAGGAUCUAGAGAACCUUGGGAGAUUGCCAGAGCUCAUUAGUCUGGAGCUGCUGACGCCGUCGAAUAUCUCCCCUACCAUCAAGGGAGACCGUGCAUUCCCCAAGUUGAGGUGCUUUCACACGUCCACAUCAUUCAGUUUUUCAGAGGGAACUAUGCGAAGCCUGGAAUUAUUUCACUUCAAAGUCGACAUCUCGGCCUUGAAGGAUGCCAACGUUAACUUUCAUGAAGGAUUUGUUGCAUCAACAAUGAAGAACCUCCCUUCGCUUCAGAAAGUCAAGGCGGAAAUCAGCUUCACCGGUGACGUCAAGGCGAUACAUGAAGCGCUGAAGCGUGCAGUGGACGAACAUCCGAACAGUCCCAGCCUUCAUGUCAAAACUAAUCAGGUUGCCACUGCGCAGAAAAGACUACUGUAAUCAUGUCACCGGCUGCAGGGCCACCUCGUCAGUCUUUGAGCUUAGUUCUUGUUUGAAGGGGCAAAAACACCCAGAAAAACUGUCAAAAAGAAAAAAGAAGGAAAAAAUUGUCUUUAUGUUGCUUACAUAUAUUGUAAAAAAUCUAGUUUGGUGAACCAAGUUUGCUCAGUGUGUAAUAAGGCUAGUUUGGUAGCGUGCCAGGUUUUUU